UUUCCCCACGUGGCUGCCGCCUAGAGGAGGCGCCUGAGCCGGAGCGGGCGGCCGCGGGUCCGGCCCCGUCCGCGCAGAGUCCCCGGUCGGCGGCGCCUCGGAGCUGCCCGGCUGCCCGAUGCUUCCGCCCCGGCUGCCGCGGGCCGGGCUGUGCGCUUAGUGGCCGGCUCGGGGCCCCCGAAGCGCCGGCGGGGCGACAGCGGCCUCGGGCCCCGCGGAGACGGAGCGGCUGGAGGACGAGGCGGCGGCCGCGGGGAGGAGGAUGGGGGCGAACCAGCUAGUGGUGCUCAACGUGUACGACAUGUACUGGAUGAACGAAUACACCUCAUCCAUAGGAAUUGGAGUUUUUCAUUCAGGAAUUGAAGUCUAUGGCAGAGCUGUUGUUUUAGGGAGCACUGAUUUUCUAGAAGAUGAUAUAGAAAAAAUUGUAGAAGAACUGGGAAAAGAAUACAAAGGCAAUGCUUAUCAUUUGAUGCAUAAAAACUGCAAUCACUUUUCUUCAGCUUUAUCAGAGAUUCUUUGUGGGAAAGAGAUUCCUCGCUGGAUCAACCGACUUGCCUACUUCAGCUCCUGUAUACCCUUUCUACAGAGUUGCCUCCCAAAGGAGUGGCUCACUCCGGCCGCCCUGCAGUCCAGUGUCAGCCAAGAGCUCCAGGAUGAACUGGAGGAAGCAGAGGACGCUGCCGCAUCUGCCUCCAUGGCAAGCGCCGCGGCAGGCUCCAGACCCGGGCGCCACACUAAACUAUAAACGUCUCCAAAGUCACACUUUCAGAACUGUCUCUUGCAGUUGAGUAUAAAUAGGGAAAAGUAAACAGAGUAAGCGUCCUUUGGGUAUUUUGUAUGCAAAGAUGGCUCUCCCCCAAAUCCCAGUUUUUCAGCUCAGGAUUAUAUUUGUAAUCAAAAAAAAAAAAAAAAAAUCACUUGGCGCAGGAGGGAGAACUUUGUAUGAAGCUGCCCUCUGUUUUUUUUACCCACUUGUAAAUCUGGAUUUACUUCUUCUGUUUUAUACAAGCUCUGUUAAGUUAUGUUUACAGUAUUUUGUAUCACUGUUUACAAAUCUUGCAUGGACUCCUGCCUCCGUGAAAGAAAAUCUUCAUGUCUUCAAAACUUAGGCAGGUCAUCUGCGUACACUUCUGACAAUUGCCAGAGCUACAGCAUAAAUAGUAGGCACAUAAAAAGGUAUGUACACAGUUAGGCGUCAUUACCUGCUCCAGAAUGUAGAUUUUUGUUUUGUUAACGUUGGGGGCACCAGGACGCAGAGACCUAAACUGUCCCAAGGUGAGGGAGCACGCACAGCCUGAGGGCGUGGACCCUGAGUCCAGCUCCUCUCCGUGCUCCCUCCCACCCUGAGUAGCACAUCUCCCAAGGUGCCCGUGGAGGAUUAGUUUUACCCAAAUAUCCGUCCACCUAGACGGGUGGUAUAUUACCUUUCUGGCUUUGCUGCCUCUCGGUCUACAAUUGAGAUGUGUUUUGUUAAAGAUACUCUUGUAACUGACAAGUGUUUUUGCACAUGUUUUCGGGGAGGGGCUUCAUUUUUAUUUUAAUGCACAGGAUUUUGUUGGUGGUAUAGGAAUAUCCUAAGUGGUAGCCUUCUGAGUAACAGUAUAAGUUGACAUUCAACUGCUUUUAACUAUUCAGGCUACCUUUUUUAUACUAGACCCUGAAAAACAGUCUGAAGUAACACACCCCAAAAAGGUAAUUCUUUCAUAUUUCAUAUUUUUUACGUACCAUGUCAAAAUGAAUAUGUUGGAGUUUGUUAAUUUGUUACGGGAAUUGUUUCCCCUCAUAAUAGCGUGCUUAGUCUUACAGACAGACAUCUUGUUGAAAAGUCAUCUGUGUGUCUUAAAACUCAUCUUUUUAUGUUCUCACAAAUGUAUGUCUUUUACAUAACGUACUCUAAGAAUGACAUUGUCACCACAGAUAAAUCGUCAUAGGCAAGGAAAUCUACCUGCUUGAGUCUGCUCUCAGUUUGACCCUCGGACGUAAGAACCAGGUUGUUAAAUGUCAUUCCGUUUUUCUGCCUUAAGAAUGAAUGUCCUACAUAAAAUAGUGAUGCAGUAUAUAAAUUAUCCAAGGCAGUAACUUCAGCUUCUUAUAUAUAUUGUUAAAGUUAUUUACACAUUUAUUUAAACUUUUAGACUGGAAUUUUACUAUUGCUCUGUGAGGAUACAUAUCUUUCCGUAAACUACAUUUUUAACUUUUCCAUAAGCUGAAUUUGGUUAAUUUAUCAACUUAAGCACACCCUAUUCAUAGGGAAAAUAAACCUUGGGUAUAAGCAUUGGCCCAAGGACAGUGAAGCCACUAGUUUGUGCUUGUAAAGGGAAACCUUUACAAAUUUCUCUAGUUCUUUAGGGGGCAGAACACUUGUUUUAAGAUUGGGACAGAAAGAAGAAGAAAGAAAUAUAUGAACUUCAGGAAAUGUUGACUUGGUUCAGAUCUCAAAAUGAGAUUUGGGACAAAACACUAAGGCUCUAGCAGUGAAAUGUUUGCUUUAAAAAAAAAAAGAGUCCUGUCAUCAAACCCUGGCUUAGGACAAAAUGUUUGAUGCAGUUUGCUUGGCAUAUUUUUAAAAUAUGGAUUGUAGUUUUUUCUAAUUCAUUCAAAUAUACAUGAGGCUACUCACACAAAGGAGUAGCUGUUAGACACUUCUUGGUGGAUAGCCAGGAACAUCUGUGCUUAGCCAGGAUUCUGCGACUCAGUACACAAAGCAUUUUGUUGUAAAUUUGUCGUACUUUCAUCUGCAGCACUUGGAGUUUAAAAAUACUGCAAAGCAUUCUAGUAGAAAUAGCGUCCUAAGACCAGGUAUCAUACGAACAGGUAAAAUUCCAGACAUGAGAUUCCUUGCAAUCUAGUUAUACCUGAGGUUGAGAAACGAAUGUCUUUAGAGAAUCCCAUUCAAGUCAAGUCCUUCUCUGCAGUUCAAAAUUGAGAAUAGAGUUAAUUAGCAUUUAACUAGCUUUUACUUGCCCUUGGAAGGAAAGAAUCUUGUUCUCAGCCUGAUUUCUGUUAAGAUAAAUAUUCUACAUCAAAAAUCUGGUUAUAUGCAUACAUGUGAUACAGGGAGUCUGUUUAUUGUUAGAACCAAGUGAGAAAUGGUGGGUUGGACAGUAAUAUAGCGUUAGAGGGUCAGAAACUUCUGGUUUCUGCUGUUUGUUUUAAAAAUAGCCUUGGGUUUGGGGUAUUUUUAACCCUUCAAGGAGCAUUCACUCUUGAAAGUGUGACUUGGGGCCUAUAGAAGGCAGUGGUGUCCGAUCUUAGCCUCCACUUGAUGCCUGCACUCCAGCCAACUAUUGCUCUGACCCACAGCAAUAGCGCAAGUUACCCAUCACCAGCAUUUGUACAGAGCAGGGAAUUCUGGUUUUAGUCAACUGGUAGCAUGGUGUGUGUGAGAAGGGAGAUUCAGCAUGACAGACAGCUGCAGGACUCGCCAUCCCUGGCUUCUUUCCAUCUCAAAACGGGUAGAAACACAUUCACUGCUUCAGGUUCUAAUCUGUGUGUCUCCGUAUGGCAUUUCUGUAAGCUAUUCUGUAAUUUUAACAUAUGCUGUAUUUGCGUUAAAUGACUUAAGUUUAAAAGAUUGGGUUUUGUGUUCAGCAGGCUGGCCACACUGCCAUCUUACCCCUCAGGAUGGCUGGUUUGGGAGUGCAGCUCAGUUCUUAGAUUAGCAUCAUCUACUCGUUCAAUACACAUCUUUGCUGUGUGAAAGGUGUUAACAGCUGUCAAAGAAUCUUCACAGACCUGAAGAUAAUUUCUUGUAAAGUUGAAUGCAAGUGUACUGUGUCAUUCAUAGUGUUUAUAUAAAAAUACCAGGAAUCUUCACUUUUGCUACCUUGAUAUAGCAUUGGGCUAUCAUGUAACAACAUUGAAAUACAUUGAUUUAUUAAAGAAAUACUUUU